AUUCUCUUCAUAAAAGAAGAGAAAACAGUCAUGUCCUUCCAUCGCAGUCCAAGUGUUGCUACUCGUCGACACUAUAGAAAAGAUAUACAGCUAGGUUCACCGUGCUUUGUGGCUGGAUAUUGCGCUGGAAAGAGUUGACAACACCUCGAUCCUUGAUUCCAUCAGGUCGGCGUAAGUACGUCAGCAUAAAAACCCUCUCGAAUCCGUUUAUAACGGAAAAUGCAACGGUCAUCGAUGUCUUCGGACGACGGAGGAGUGUCGUUAGGAGCCUGUGCAGCGUGUGUGGCAGCGAUUCUGCUGUUCCAGUACCUCGUAUCGGCUCGACCUCUGGAUGCAGCUCAUAAUGGCGUGGCGCGACGCGGGGAUCUGCAUUUGCAGCGUAAAAUGCAGCACCUGGGCACGGGCGCAAUGAUCUACGCUGCCUCGAGGUUAUUUGUGCCAUUGACGGGAGCCACGGUGCUGCUGUUCUUCGCUGGGUUGUUCUAUGGAUUAAACGAGUUGAGGGGUCGAUACGAGACGGUUAAUGCAGCCUACAUCAAGUGUUUUAGCAGUAUUUUACGCCAACACGAAGUGUCAAGAGCAGCACUACCGGGAGCGUUCUACUUUUUACUAGGAUCGGGCUUCUCACUCACGUUAUUUCCUCCUCGAGUCGCUCGACUCGCUAUUCUUCAUUUGUCAGUGGGGGACCCUGCUGCUGCCUUCUUUGGAACGCUGUACGGUCGACACAAACUGGUGACUUUGGUGGGGAAGCUGGGUGGCAACAAGUCGCUGGAAGGGUCAAUUGGAUGCUUCUGCGUCACCGUUGCUGCUACAUUCAUGGCGUUGAGAAUGGAACAAGACUUUUAUUUCGACGUAGACGGUGGCAUUGCAGUCGCCGCCGGUACUAUCUCGUUGGCGGCUGGAAUAAGUGCUGCGGCUGCAGAAUUGCUGGACAUUGGCGGAUGGGACGACAAUCUAACACUCCCGUUGUUAUCUGGCGUGUUUUUACAGCUAACUGUGGGCCAUUUACUAUAGAAACAUACUCGAUAUAAGUGCAAAAAUGUACGACAUCAAAUUCAAAAAUGUAGUCUAUUCUAACGCAAAAUUGAAUCUGUCUC